AUGGCCUCUCAAGCUAUUGACCCUGAUAUCGAGGCCGUUCCUCCAACCGAUAGCGACCUGUCGUCCGUCGUCGACGUUCAGGAACGUCGCCGAGCUGCCCUGGCUCGUAUCGAUCAGGCCAAGUUCGGCUGGCACCAUAUCCGGGCUGUCAUUGUCGCUGGUGUGGGCUUUUUCACGGAUUCCUACGACAUCUUCGCCAUCAACCUCGCCGUCUCCAUGCUGGGUGUCGUCUACUGGCAGGGGGCCAAAUCCGGCCCUGGCAAGCUGCCUUCCAGUGCCGAUACUGCUAUCAAAGUUGCUACCUCUGGUGGAACCGUCAUCGGCCAGUUGUUCUUCGGAUGGCUGGCGGACCGCGUCGGCCGAAAGCGUAUGUACGGCAUCGAGCUGAUGAUCAUUAUCCUGGCAACCCUGGCUCAGGCCCUGUCCUCUGCUUCCCCCGGUAUGUCCAUCGUGGGUAUCUUGAUCUUCUGGCGCGUUAUCAUGGGCAUUGGCAUCGGAGGUGACUACCCACUGUCCUCCAUCAUUACAUCUGAGUUUGCCACUACCAAGUGGCGCGGUGCCAUGAUGGGUUCUGUGUUCGCUAUGCAAGGAAUCGGACAAUUUGCUGCAGCCAUCGUGGCUCUUAUUGUCACAGCUGGUUUCAAGGAAUCUCUCCAAACUGCCAAGGAUGUCGCCCACUGCAGUGGUGUCUGCCAGCUGGCUGUUGACAAGAUGUGGCGCACUGUUAUCGGAUUCGGCGCGGUACCUGCUUGUGCUGCCCUGUACUACCGCCUAACCAUUCCUGAGACUCCGCGGUAUACCUUCGAUGUGACCCGUGACAUUCUCAAAGCCGAUGAGGAUAUUCGUGCGUACAUCACGGGUCACCCGGAGGGUCAUCCCGAUGAGAUUCAGCGUAUCCGUGUUCUGCGCAACGAGAGUAUCGAGUUCCUUGCACCCAAGGCAAGCUGGGCGGACUUCAAGUCGCACUACGGCCAGUGGAAGAACUUCAAGGUUCUCUUGGGUACUGCGGGUUCGUGGUUCUUCCUUGACAUUGCUUUCUACGGUCUUGGUCUCAACAACUCCAUCAUUCUCAGCGCGAUCGGCUGGACUGGAGGCAAAAAUGUCUAUGAAACCUUUUACCGCAACGCAGUCGGAAACCUGAUUCUGGUCUGCGCCGGUGCUAUCCCAGGCUACUGGGCCACCGUCGGAACUGUCGACACCCUCGGCCGCAAGCCUAUUCAAAUGGCCGGUUUCAUUAUUCUGACGAUCAUUUUCUUCAUCAUCGGUGGCGCUUACGAUCCCCUCAGCAAGUCGCAUGGUGGUCUACUUGCGCUGUACGUUCUGGCGCAAUUCUUCUUCAACUUUGGACCCAACGCAACCACCUUCAUCGUGCCUGGCGAGUGCUUCCCUACGCGCUACCGCUCUACAUCUCACGGUAUCAGCGCUGCAUCGGGCAAAGUCGGUGCCAUCAUCGCACAGUGUGUCUUUGGACCCCUGGUGCACAAGGGUGCCAAGCCAGACUCCGGCGCCUCGCCCUGGCUCAACCAUGUCAUGCAGAUAUUCGGCGGCUUCAUGUUCUGCGGUAUUCUCACAACCUGGCUGAUCCCGGAGACUAAGCGUCGUACCCUCGAGGAACUGUCUGGUGAGGAUCACGGCUCUCUCCACGAGAACCUGACCGUUCAGACAGCAGAGAAGCCUGAGGAGGACAACCUGCCCAAGCAGGUUCCUGCUAUCACCACCGUGCAGGGGGAGUGA